AUGGAGAGGCCUUCUUUGGAAAUUAACCUGCCCAAUACUCCUGAAGAGGGAAAACUUUAUGUAGUUGAUUCCUUAAAUAACCUAAACAAACUAAAUGUUUGUCCAGAAGAAUCCCAACAUGUGCUAGAUGAGGAAGAUGAGAACACUGGUGGUACUGCAGAAUACACGGCAUGGAGCAACAUAAGAAACCAAUGUUUGUUCUUCGUCACCUUGAUUCUGACUUUGAUUGUCAGUUUGGCACUUGUUUCAUUCGUAAUAUCUUUAAUAAUUCAAACUAGGAACAGGAUGGACCAACUAUCAAACAGACUAAUAUUUGAAAAGAAGAAUAUAGAAGAGCUUAAGAAAAUGAACAAUAUGAUAUUGAAGCAUCUAAAUCAAUCAGGAAUUAAGGAAAAGGAGAGAGACUUCUUCACACCAGCUCCUGAUCCUCAUGAUCACUUAUUCACCCAUGCUGAGCUGAAAAUCCCUGGAGAAUAG